GAUUGGAGCGAGGGUUUUGAUCGGAGAGGCGGACGGUGGGACGGAAGCCAAUCUGGUGGCGUGCGUGGCUUUCCUUCGCUCGAUCGCGUUUGGAAAUGUUCGAGCGUAGACAGGCACGUCACACGUGAAAAGCCUCGCGCCGCCUGGACAUUGCUUUCGCCUCCCCGGCUUCAAAACCACCAAAAACCCUAGCUUGGAUCCAAUCCAUUGACUCCGGCCGCCAUGCCGCCCCUGCCAGCGCCCCCGUGCACCACCGCCACGCGCUCCGCCAUCGUCGCCGGCACGGUGACCGGGCACCACCUGCUGGACGUCGAGGGGUACUCGCGCACCAAGGAGCUGUUCUCCAACGGCGCCUGCACCAACUCCCUCCCUUUCACCGUCGGCGGCCGAUCCUGGCACAUCUCCUACUACCCCAACGGCCGCGACCCCGGGAGCGCCGACUUCGUCUCCAUCUUCGUCGGUCUCGAGGUCGACCAGCUCUGCGCCGAGCCCGUGGCGGCGCGGGUCCAGUUCGGCCUGCUCGAUCGAGCCGGGAAGGCGGCGCCGUCGCACACCCUGCACGCGCUGUUCCGCUCCACCGACGGCUUCUGCUUCGGCUUCCCUAAGUUCAUCAAGAGGGCCGACCUGGAGAACUCGGAGUAUCUCAAGGACGACCGCUUCACUAUCAGGUGCGACAUCACCACCGCCAAGAAGCUCCGCAAGGAGUGGAGGAGAGCGUCGUCGUCCCGGUUCCUUGAUGUGCCGCCGUCUGACCUGCACCGACACCUCGGCGACCUCCUCGCGUCCAAGGAAGGCGCCGACGUCACGUUCCACGUCGCCGGCGAGACGUUCCAAGCGCACAGGAGCGUCCUCGCGUCCCGGUCGCCGGUCUUCAGGGCGGAGCUCUUCAGCCCGAUGACGGAGGGCGGCGCCGCGGCCGUUGUCGAGAUAGACGACAUGGAUGGGCAGGCGUUCAGGGCCCUGCUCGAGUUCGUGUACACCGAUGCCUUGCCGGAGGACAUGACCCCGGAGGAGGAAGCUGUGAUGUGCCAGCAUCUGCUGGUUGCUGCGGACAGGUACGGCAUGGAGAGGCUCAAGCUAGUGUGCGAGGACAGGCUUUGCCGGCAUGUCACCGUGGGCUCCGCCGCGACCAUCCUGGCUUUGGCCGAGCAGCACCGGUGCCAUGGCCUCAAGGACGCGUGCUUCCGGUUCCUCGAGCCCCCGGCUGUUCUCAAUGCCGUAGCAGCAGCCGAAGGCUUUGAGCAUUUGGCUAGAAGCUGCCCCUCUGUUGUGAAAGAUCUAAUCUUUAAGAUCACUGACUGUUAAAUUCUGGGGAACACACAGGUUAGUCGAGCUGAAAGGCAAACUACAGUUAAAAAGGAGCUAUAGUUUGCAGGAAAGAUGGUUCUUGUAUACUGGUAAUAUAUAUGCAUGCAUUAUAUAUUUA